AUGACGGACACUGAUCAGAUACAAAAUAAUGGUCAUGUAGUAUUGAUUGCUCCACCUUUUGACGGUCAUGCCAUUCCAUUAUUGGACUUAGCUAGACAUUUAUCAGUCCACUUUCACGUUACUUAUCUUAUAUCAGCGUCAAAACUCAAUUUUAUUAAACAGCAUGGAUAUCUUGUCGAAAAAGAGAACAAUAAAGUGGUUUCUACUGAUACUGGAAUAGAUUUCAUUGGUCUAUUCGAUCAUAAUGAUGCCGAUUUUGAAGUGACACACUCCAAUGUGAAUACUUUAGUAAGGCCAAUCAUAGAACGUAUGUAUGAACCUAUUCAACAAGUAUUAUUUUCUCAACCGAUAAAAUCAACAUCAAUUUCUUUAUUGUCUACUAAAUCAAUCGAUCAACCUAUUGAUAUGAUUAUUGCUGAUAUAUUUGUUUAUUCCUUUGUUCGAAAUGCAAAGGAAAGAGGUAUUACGACUCAAAUGUUCUGUCCCACUAGUUUUGCUGUCAUUCCCGCACUAAUGCGUGUGGUAACAAAUGGAACACCCAAAUCUGAGUGGCCUGAUCUCACCCCUUCUCUUAUCGAAGCAUAUUCAUUUGCUGAUGGGGUUAUCUGUAAUUCAAUCGAGGAAUUCGAACAACAAGCUAUUGAAGAUGUGCGACAACAGGCAACUCUGUACUCAAAAGUACCCGUUCGAUUUGUAGCACCUCUUAUGUCUGAAACAUCUGUCAAUAAAGAUACUAUGGAACUUACUUCACGUGUAAAAAAUUGGUUAAAUACACAAUGGGAACUGGCUAAUCAAACACCAUCGGUUAUAUAUAUUGCUUUUGGUACAAGUGCUUCCAUCUCAUCUGCACAGGUACUUCAAAUUGCUGAUGCUCUCGCAUCUUAUCCUGUUAUCUGGGCGUUGAAAUCAAAAUUUCUUGAAUGUCUACCAUCCUCAUUUAUUAAUAAUGCAAACUCUUUGUUACUUGAUUGGGUACCACAACGCCUGGUUCUUUCUCAUUCUGCCGUGUGUCUCUUUAUAUCGCAUGGAGGUUGGAAUAGUUUACUCGAAUGUAUAUCAGCAGGAAAGCCAGUUCUAGUAUGGCCUCUUUUUGGCGACCAAAUAACCAAUGGAAAAUGCGUUGAAGAAGAGUUUCAUAUUGGUCAAUGUAUGAAAAAUGCCAGUUUUGUUGAUGAUCAACGAGUUGUAUUAAGUGCUGAGAUUAAAGGGUAUUUACAACAAAUGUUCGAUCGACAGAUGGAAUAUAUUCAAAAUGCUCGUCAAAUGCAACAAAAAUUUGCACAUGCAGAACAAAAUAGUUCGCUUCGUUAUUUCAACGAGAUUGUCCGAAUCAUUAACGACCGAGCAGCUGCUCGAUUAGACAGAAAAACUAUCGAACUUUGA